AUGUUGUCGAGGUCUUCCGCAGAAAAAUGCUGGUCAUCGCCGAAAGAAAAGGCACACUGGCAGCGUGGGAAUCUAUCGCGCUGUGUCACGCCUCGUCACGAGCGCUCCUUUGCAACCCUCUCUCUCAUGGACGACAUUCGAGACACAAUUCAAGCCCUCAUCUACGGCGUCGACCCGGCAGAUGACGCGGUUGAACGCGAAGAGGAGGAGAGUACGGUGGAUGGGGACCUGCGGUGGACGAAGGACUCUGCAUACAUCGCGGUUUUGGAACGCGCCAUUAAAGGCAUCAAGGAGUUAGAAGGAGAACGGAGAUUGUUCACGGAUCGCGAAUGGGACUUCCUAGAUAGGAUAGCGGAUUUGCCAUACAAUGCCCGGUACAUGCUCAUAAGGCUGGUCCUCAGAAAGAAGCCAGGAGGCUGGUACCGCGUCUCAGACGUUCGCAAGUACACAAUGGAAAUAGGCACAGACGGCUUACGAGAGGCCUUCGAUAUGCUGGCUGCGCCGUUCACAACCGAGUCUAUGGAACUCGAUCCCGAUACAACACAGCCCUCUCCUCCCACUCAGCAAGAAGCUCCACUGUCUUCUGUCAAAGUUGAACCCGAAAUAAUUGACCUCACCGUUGACUCAGACGACGAAAAGCCUCCUGCAGCAGGCCCUUCCCGCAUCGCGCCUCCACCUGUUACCGCUUCGUCCACCGCCACGGAAGAUGGUAAUGAAAUUAACAUGGAAUACUUCGGUCGCAACGAGAAGCACAUAGGUCUUGUCGAAGGACUACGGAUCCUGAACAUGGAAGAGCUCAAAAAGAUAGCAAAAGAAAUGAAGAUUCAAAGUACCAAUCACACCAAAUACACACUUAUCACUGCUUUGACUAAUUCGGCCUCUGGACAAUCUCUCAUCCCUUUCGCCCCGUCUCCGAAGGGUAAAGGGAAAGAGAAAGCAGGAGAUAAGAAGCUCAAACAGACUAUAUUGUCGUUUGCUAGGCCCAACAUAUCGCGAGUCCAGACAACGAGAUUGAAGCAGCUGAUGCUCAAAUACAUCGAUAAAGCUAUUUGUCUAAAUCCUUACAUCUAUGCGUUGAUUCUUCGCGUGCAUAUUAUCUGGUUUCGAAGCACUGAAAUCCCCGAGUCACUAUUUAGUCCCGCUCUCCUUGCUGCGUUCAAAAAAAGGACAUACGCAGAGUAUGAACAUAAACGCGACCCUAAUAUCUGGCCAACUCGAGAGUCUUACCUUGAAUACGAGGAGAUGCUCAAUGUUGAGCGAAUUGUCGACGAACUGUUGAUUCCAGAGCCGAAGGCCAGUCGAGGAAAGACGGCCGCUCCAAUGGAGGUAUUCAUUCCGCCGGGAACACCAGGUCUGAACUAUAUUCGCAAACUUUCUACACCAGCCCGGACUCCGGGCCUUCAUCAACUGUCUGCUCCCCCAGAUGAGGGGGAUGACUCUCGGGAAGAUGACAACUCGGCUUACCGUAAAGUCAAUGUCAUCCUCAAACUUGUUAAGGACAAGCUACUUGAUCAAUAUCAGGAGCUCGUCGCUGCAUCUGAAGAUCUGGCUAACAAACGCAGAACUGAGUUUGUGCGAUUUGAAUCAGGCUAUGUCUUGACACGAAUUCUUGCCAAAUGUCUUCAUGCACCAGCCACACUGAAAGACUUUUUGUAUGAGGAGGAAAUUAUUCUCGUCUUGCUCAAACAGCGACGAUGGGGUCGACGUCGUCGAGCCCGUUUGUACGAUCGACUUGCCCUUAUUCGCAUGCGAUAUCUUCUUAAAGAUGGUGAUGGGAAUAAGGACAUGAACGUGGUGCGUAACGCACGAGAAUGUCUCCGCUCGGCGUUGGAAGACCAGGACACUAUAGAAGGUCCUGCACUUUUAUUCUGGUACUGGUAUAUUCCUUCACUUACUGCUUUUCCAGUCGCCAGGCCGUCACUAAUCCAUCGGUUAUUUGCCACAGAAAAGAUGUUAAGGCUCAAACCCACUGAACGCUCGACUUACGACGACGUGACCCUCCAAAAACCACCCGAGAUCGAUGUCGUUGGCGUUCGAAUUUGGGACUUACCCGAUGACGAAAAGGAGAACAAGCCUGCUGACAGCGCUGGUAUCACCAACUUUUUUCUCCCAACACGGGCCGCUGGUCCACCCAGUGCCAUCGCUCAGGCGAGGAAGCGUGCUUGGGUAGGCAAAUCGUAUUGGCAAGGGAAAGACGAUGUUGUUCACGUCGAAAUCCUUGCAAUCGAGCACUACGCGAAAGAGGGAUUCAAGGGUCUUCAUUCAGAGACACAAAUUCUAACGACGCUCUUUGGGCUCCUGUUCUGGGACAUCAUAUUUGCACCCGUCGCUGGUGCAUUCGAAACACCGUGGCAGAGGGGACCUCUGGACCUCGGGGAAGAAACCUUCAAAUACACACGAGAAGAGCUCAUCAAGGCGCGCUUGUCUGAAAUCAAGCAAGGCAAGGCCGCAGAAAUCCUCAAAUCGAAUGAUUCCCGUUAUCGAGAGAAAAAGACCUGCUGUGUUGGCGUGAAUUGGAAGAUGUGUAGCCAAGAGGAUUUGCUGGAGAUCGUUGAGUGCGUGGGCAAAGAUGUGCUUGCUUCUAUCUGUGGCCUCUUCUGCGAAGACUAUGCCGGACGGAGCAGUGGUGUACCUGACCUGAUCAUUUGGAAUCCAGAGACGAAAGAGAUGAAGUUUGUCGAGGUCAAGGGACCUGGCGACACUCUGCAUGAUAACCAGAAGCUGUGGUGCCAUGCCCUUCUCUCUGCUCAUUGUCAGGUUGAGCUCUGCCAUGUGAUGGAGCAGCCCGCGUUGGAGAGGAAGCGGGCCAAAUUGGCAGAGAAGGAGGCGAAAGCCAAGACUCCGAAGGGUCAGAAACGACGAGCGUCCGCACCAGCGGCUCCGUCUAGGCGAAGGAGGAGAUCGGUUGAGCCAGAAUCGGAGGAAGAGGGCGGUGAAUCGGAAGCUGAUGAUGAUGAAGCGCCAUGGGUCCCGAUGGGCGAUUUGUUGCCUGACGGUGAACCCUCACCUCGUCGUGCUUCCAAACGACAGAGGCAAUCCGCACCUGACGAACAGGUAAAUCAGGAGGUUAUCUAG